GGUGCGUCCCUAGCACCUAAGUUAGUAUCAUACAAACAGCAUUAAACUUAAACUUGCAUAGCAACCUUGCCUGUUUUUGUCUCAUCAGCCAUAGUUAUAUUUACUUUUUACCUUUUUACAUUCCCAUACCUUCAUACUCCAUACUCCAUACUCCUCUACUAAGACAGGUUGAAAUUAUCUUGGAAAGUCUGGUAUUUAGGAAAACAAAUACGAUACCCCAUUUUGUACUGCAAGUGCAAUACAGAUCCUUUUCUUCCACAAUUAUCGAUAAUCCCUGGUGGUAUCUAUCUGAGUCGUCUUCUGCUCUCACCUACUUCUACGCCUCCAUCUAGAACCCAGCGCUGGUUUGGCGCAAACAUUCCAGCCACGAUGGGCUCGAUCAACUUCGACAUUAACGAUGCGCUUAAGCAUUACAUGAGCGAUCCCGCUAGCAUCGCCACUCCAGAAGCCGAUAGUGCUUUGGUCGACUGCGAGACUGACCCCGAAUCCCUAUCUAACGCUUCUAUCCUAAAUCCCGUCUUAAAUACCAUCAUCGAUGCUGUUGCCGGGAAUCCAGAUGCCAUAAUGCGCAGCGCAUAUUUUGACUCGCUGCAGUUCCUUCUCAAAUACACACAGUUCCUGCCCACCCAUGCACUCAGUAAGAUCUUCGAUCUGAUCAUGAGCGGCUUGGCAGCCGAAUCCGACGCCAUUAACCACGAUCUCGAAAAUCCCGAUGAGCAAGAGAUACUCAGUCACCACAAAUCUCUUCUCGAAAUAUAUGGCUUCUUAUUACAGUGGACCAUCGCCUGCGUCGAGACGAAAGCCGCCGAGAAAUCAUCGACAGCCCCGGUAUCACGAGCCAGAGGGAAAGGUGCCAAGUCCAAAGCUGCUGCGAGCAAAGACAAAGAUGGCAACUGGGAUAGCGCUGCACAACUGCAGUUGGCACUAGAUGUCAUGUCCAAGGUUCUUAAGUUGAAGCUGGGCAAGAUCUUUUUGACGACUAGCGAGCGCGAUACCUUCAUCGGUCUUUUGACGAGGCCCGUCUACAUGGUCUUGGAGAGUGAACAGAGGGUCAAGAAUACAGCCAUUAAAAUGCACGCCUUUAAGGUUCUCUGCAUCGCCGUGAAACACCACGGUCAUGGCUAUGCUGCGCAAAUCUCCAUCGUUCAGAACCUGACAUACUUUGAGCACCUCUCCGAGCCUAUGGCCGAAUUUUUGCAUAUUCUUGCAGAACAAUACGACUACCCACAGCUGGCGGAUGAGAUAUUAAGAGAGAUUAGCAACAAGGAAUUCAAUACUAACGACACUAAGGGGCCCAAGUCUGUCUCUUCGUUCAUAAUCAAGCUAUCAGGACUCGUGCCCCGUCUAGUCAUCAAACAAAUGACUAUGCUCGCAAAGCAGUUAGAUAGCGAGUCAUACACCUUGAGAUGCUCUCUGAUCGAAGUCUGCGGCAACAUGAUCGCCCAUCUAACUACUCAGGAGGAGCGCAGCGAAAACCAUAAAUCGCAGCUCAACGCUUUCUUCGAUGUGUUAGAAGAGCGGUUCCUAGAUAUUAACCCUUACUGCAGAUGUAGAGCCAUGCAAGUCUACACAAGACUUUGCGAUCUCGAGCAGAAAUUCCCCAAGCGUCGACAAAAGGUAGCCGAAUUAGCUUGCAGGAGUCUUGAAGACAAGAGUAGCCACGUCAGAAGAAAUGCGAUCAAGCUUCUGGGGACACUAAUCAAGACGCAUCCCUUCACUGUGCUACACGGAGCUCAACUUUCUCGCAAGGAUUGGCAAGGAAGGCUAGACAAGGUCGAUGCUGAACUGGACGCUCUUCAACCGCCCGCUGGCGCGCCUGGGCUAGGAGAAGACAAGGCGAAUAGCACAGCAUUACUAGAUGAACCUACACAGCUAGAAUCGUCGCCCGAGAAACCCAAGGAAAUGUCCGACGAGGAGAAGAUAGCCGCUGUUCAGAAAGCCCGCGAAGAGGCUGCUACCUCGGAAGCUAUUGAAAAGUUGACGCUGACGAAGAGAUACUAUACUGACGCCCUCAAGUUUAUUGAAGUGCUACAUGAGGCCACAUCCACUGUCUGCCAUUUACUUGGAUCUAAAAAUAAGUCCGAAGUCAUCGAAGCUAUGGACUAUCUAGAAAUUGGCAACGCGUACAACAUUGAGGACAACAUGGUCGGAAUUCGACGAAUGAUGCGUCUGAUCUGGACCAAGGGUAACAGCGAUGAGGGCAAGGGCGUGCAGUCACAUCUUAUCGACUGUUACAGGAGACUGUUCUUCGAGGCGCCAGACAGCUUCACUCCCAAUGACGCCGCCAUCUACAUCGCGAGAAACAUGAUCAGUCUUACGUCAGGCACGACACCGGCAGAGCUUACAAGUCUGGAACAGCUCAUAGCAACCAUGAUGAAGGGUGGAAUGAUUUCAGACCGGGUCAUCACGAAAUUAUGGGAAGUGUAUGGCUUUCACAAAAGAGAAAUAUCUCGAUCCCAACGAAGAGGCGCAAUCAUUGUGUUGGGCAUGCUUGCUACCGCAUCGCCUGAGAUCGUCGUGGGCGAAAUGGAAACGAUGUUGCGAACCGGACUUGGGUCCUACGGAAGAGCUGAUCUCCAAUUGGCCAAAUUUACCUGUAUUGCUCUUAGACGACUCAACCCCGUGGGUCGACAAGCCAAGGACUCACCGGUCACGUUUAGCCGUCUCCAAAAUGAGCAUGCCGUUUUGGCGAAGCUAGCUGCCAUUACAGAGGUUCCAAGCGACAGCAAAGAAUGGUUUGGAGUCGCCGAGCAGGCCAUCAACGCCAUCUACGCCCUCGCCAAACACCCGGACACGUUAUGUACCGAGAUUAUAAGACGUAGGACAAAGAGUGUUUUUGCUGCGCAACAAAGAGCAUUUUCAUCAUCCCGUCCCGGGUCGCGGGACUUCGAUCCCACCAUGACAGUUGCCAUGGACCACGGGAUGACUCAGGGGAUUACGAUGAACCUCGACGCUCCUACCCAGACCAUCAACCGACUAACGUCAGAGCCGCCUGCUGAGCCCAAACAAAAGGCAGCGAUUGCUCUUUCGCAGCUUCUGUUUAUUGUUGGCCAUGUAGCUAUCAAGCAAAUUGUUCACCUCGAGCUUUGUGAGCUUGACUUCAAGCGCCGAAAGCAAGAAAAGGAAAAGGACGCAGCUGCUCAGCCGGCCAAGCCACGACCUUCUGUCGGCCGUAAGGGUAAGACCCCCACGCCGGCGCCGGCCGCGGAGGACCCCGGCGACGAACUUGACUUGAUUGGUGGCACGACGGAAGACGACUUCACGGAGGCCAUGGCGCACAUACGUGAGCAGGAGCUCCUGUUUGGGCCACAAUCUAUUCUUUCCAACUUUGGCCCCCUGGUGGCCGAGGUCUGUUCGCGCAGCGACAUUUACAGAGACAAGGGUCUACAGGCGGCGGCGACGUUGUGUCUCGCGAAGCUCAUGUGUAUUAGCAGCGAGUAUUGCGAAGCGCAUCUACCACUGCUCAUCACCAUCAUGGAGCGCUCACCCGACGCGACGGUGCGGUCGAACGUGGUCAUUGCCCUCGGUGACAUGGCUGUGUGCUUCAACCAUCUGAUUGAUGAGAAUACCGACUUUCUGUAUCGUCGUCUGGCUGACCGCGACCUAUCUGUCAAGCGCACGUGUCUGAUGACCUUGACCUUCUUGAUUCUAGCGGGCCAGGUCAAGGUCAAGGGGCAGCUAGGUGAGAUGGCCAAGUGCCUCGAGGAUGAGGAUAAGCGCAUCGCAGAUCUAGCCAGGAUGUUCUUCACCGAAUUAAGCACGAAGGAUAACGCGGUAUAUAAUCACUUUGUGGAUAUGUUUAGCUUGCUUUCUGCCGAUGAUAGAAUCCAAGAAGAGGGUUUCCGAAGAAUUGUCAAGUUCUUGUUGGGUUUUGUCGAGAAGGACAAGCACGCCAAGCAGCUCGCCGAGAAACUGGCAGCUCGCCUCCCGCGGUGCGAGACGGAGCGGCACUGGAACGACGUUGCGUACGCACUAGGCCUACUACAGCACAAGAAUGAGGACAUUACGAAGAUUGUAGGCGAAGGGUUCAAGGCUGGCAUUCAAGCUGCUGGCUAGAUUUCCUACCUAGGUACCUAUGAUGUUGUUUUGCAACGGUAAUUGAUGAAUGAGUUUCUACGAUAUAAUGCCCAGGCUGAUGAAGGCAAAGAGAGAGGGGGGGGGGGGGAGAGAGGGAAGGAGUACGGCGUCGAUGGAUGAAAUGAUAGAUAGUCUUGUGAGCUGCAUAGUAUAGAAAGACUGAUCGAAAUGGCAUCGUUUUAAUUGUUGAACAUGUUUUUAUUUUAUCUUUUUUUCAUACUUGAAGACCUCGGGAGCAUUGAAUCCCUUAAACAC